AUGAGUCUCCUCGCGUGGUGUACGAGGCGUGUCGGCGGCCUGAGCAUGAUCGCCCUCAUCAUCCUCUGCUACUGGGUCAUCACUAGGGAGUCGACGCUCCAGCGUCAUGGGUACAAGUUCGAGCACCCAGAGACGCAGACGGCCUCUUACACCUCGACCCUGACCUCGGGCGCCGGCAUCUGGACCUACGUCUUUGUCUACUACUGCAUCAUUGUUCACCUUGCCAUCGCUUGCUUUCCCCUGCGCGCUUGCUGGGCCAUGUGGGAGCUCGGCUCCGCCCUCUCUCGCUCUACUCGCGCCGCCCUCAGCGACUCUGGCAAGAAGGCCCCUAUCACUCGCCGUGACUCGUACACGACCGUCUCCAGCUCUGAGACUUCGUUUUCCGACCGCUACGGUGCCUCGACCGCCUCGAGUAGUGAGAUGGGUGAUGUCGAACUCGAGAGCACCGAGAUGUGCCCGGAUGGCACCGGAAAUGCCAAGACUGCCAAGGCCGCCAAGGCCGUCAUCCACGCCAUCAUCCUCCCCAACUACAAGGAAGAAAUCGACAGUCUAAAGGAGACUCUUGAGGUCCUUGCCUCGCACCCCCUAGCUCGCUCUUGCUACGAUAUCUACCUCGGUAUGGAGCAGCGUGAGCAGGACGGUGAAGCCAAGGCUCUGCGCCUCAUGCAGGAGUUUGCCAAGCAGUUUCGCUCAAUCGACUACACGAACCACCCUGGUGAUAUCCCUGGUGAGGCUGCCGGCAAGGGCAGCAACAUGGGCUGGGCCGCCCGCAAGCUCAGCGCAAAGUAUCCCGCCGAGAAUCGCAAGAACGUCAUUGUUACUGGUAUCGAUGCCGACAGCCAUCUCGCAGCCGCCUACUUUGCUCAGCUCACUGAUAUGCACAUGUCUUACCCCGAGACGGCCAGCACCACCCUCUACGCCGUCCCGAUCGUUUUUGACCGCAAUGCCCACGAUGUCCCCGCCGUUGUCCGCGUCGCUGAUAUCCUCUGGACCGCUGGUGGGAUGUCUGGUCUGUACCGUGGUUCCACGAUCGCCCCUCCCACGUCCGUCUAUUCCCUGUCUCUCGACCUCAUCGACCGUGUUGGCGGCUGGGACUGCGACGCCGAGGCCAUUGGCGAGGACCUGCACAUGUACGUCAAGUGCUUCUUUGCUCUCAACGGUAACUUGACCUGCCGCACCAUUCUCAGCCCUGUCAGCCAGAGCAAUGUUACCGGCGGUGGCAAGGGCGGCAUCCGCGGUCUUUGCAUGGACGUCAUGGCGCGCUACAAGCAGGCCCUCCGCCAUAUGUGGGGCUCUCUGGACACUGGUUUCGCUAUCCGUAAGGGCAUUGAGAUGUGGCAGGACAGGAAGCAGACGACCCGGGCCUACCGUCCCCUUCACAGGUCUCACGGCGACAACUCGGAACUGUACUUCCCCGGCAGCCAGGUGUGCGGCGACGAUGCCACUUCCCAGCACCCCCGUGAGUCCGGUGUCUUCUCCGAUGUGAAGCAGGAAACGGUCGAGGAGCCAAACCUCGAGAAGCUCUGCUACAUUGCCCACCGUCUGUACGAGGCCCACAUCAUGCCCGUGCACAUGCCCAUCUUCGUCGUGGCCUCGACCAUCUUCCUGUACGUCACUGAAGGCAAGGAGGAUACGGGCAACCUCCACUGGCUGCUCGAGAUCUGUGGACCUCUGCGCGCCCUGGGCUUCAUGGCCGGUGCCGGUUACAUCUUCUUGUACGAGCGCUACCACCACGCCUGUGUGGCCAUGCGCGAGAAGGAGAUGAAGGAUGCGGGUCUGUACCAGGGUAUGUGCUUCUCGCACCGCUCAUUCCGCAACAACUGGGGGGACUACGCCAUGGUGCCCAUCGUGGCGCCCCUGUAUGGUGCAAUUCCCUGCAUCCAGGCCGAGGUUUCGCAUUUCUGGACCGCAGAACUCGUCUACACGGUUAGCAAGAAGGUGACAAGGCAACGCGCCCAAUCCGUUCACGACGCAGCAGCAGCUCUGGCAUGA